CACCACCGUUCGGGUUCCACGAGUUUCCUGUCUGGCCGGGAGCCAAGCUCUGCCUCCUGGAAAUAUGGCGAACGAAGAGCCCAAUGGAGGAUUUCCAUACUUACCAUCAGGGGCAGCGGAAGUUGACAGGCUGAUCAAGGAAAACAGUGACUUGUUUUCAGAUGCCCAAUGUAAAGUGUGCAGCGCCGUGUUGAUCUCCGACUCUCAAAAGCUUGCACAUUACCAGAGCAAGAAGCAUGCUAACAAAGUACGACGCUACAUGUACAUCCACAAAGAUGAUAACCCACUUGUAAAACGAUUAAAAGUCUCCACAACUGAAGAACCGGAGACCAUUAACAGUGGAGGAGAUCGGUUGAAGGCCUGUCACAUCUGCAAUAUGACCUUCUACACACCAGUGAUUGCGGAGUCACACUACCAAGGCAAGGUGCAUGCAAAAAACCUGAAGCUUAGGAUGGGCACCCCCACUAUCCCGCAACCAGUCUUACCUCAGGCCAAGAUCCAGGACCAGGCGAAGAUGGAUGGGCCGAAGCAGGAGGUGGGCCCGGCCCCCGAGGGCACCAUGGAUGACCGUUCCUGCAGCUUGUGCAACGCCACCUUUAACAACCCCCUGAUGGCCCAGCAGCACUACGUGGGCAAGAAGCACCAGAAGCAAAUGGCCAAGCCCAAGGCCAGCCAGGCCCAAGGCACCGCAACAGUCUUGAAGGGAUACCCAUGCAAGGUGUGCAACAUAGAGCUGAACUCACAGAAACAGUAUGAUGCACACAUCAGUGGCUCCAAACACAAGAACCAAGUCAAAUUGGCGAGUGGAAGUCAGGCCCCUGAGGUCACCCCAAGUGAAGACUCCACACUCCCCCCUGUGGUCAGUGAGUGGAACAGCAAGCCAGAGGCAUCCAUUGAUGGGUUCCAGGAGUGAUGGUAUGGCAUACCACCAGAACCAGACCCAUAACAGCUACUCCUAGGGUCCGUGGGCCUCCCAGCUUUGUCUGAUGCAAAAGUCUCUUUCUACCUUUAGGCUCUGUGUCCACCAGUCGCGUUUUUUGAGCCGACUGCGCACUCAACCUCAUUUUCAGAGUGUUUGUCAAGUGUUUAUUGUUGCUAGGUUAUGAAGUUUUGAUUGGUCGUCGAUAGAGAAGUGACAUAGACGAGGCCAGCACUGUUCUAAAAGUUGAACAGAUUUCAACUUUCAGCGCUCUGAGCGCUGCGGGGAAAAAAAAACAGUCAGCUCCGAGGGCUUUUUGCCACCGAGGACGCAAAAAAGGCGAUUGGGUGGACACAGGUCCUUAAUGUUUAUCUCUUUAUCUUUGCCACCGUCUUCCCCCUUCUCUAUCACUCACUAUAGUUUCGGCAUGGCUUGGCUAACUCACAAAGAGGGACGCCUUCCUAUCUCUGCUCCACAUUUGGAACAGGAAGGAACUGAACCAGGAGGAGCAGUGUCAACAUCUGAUCCCAUAAUACAUUUAGUCAUGUCAGGUUUUUUUUUUUUAAUUGAGACUAUAUUUAUUGUUUGUUUAUAACAGUAUUUAGUCUUUGCUUUUUAUCUGUAUGGAUUGGUGAAAAUAGUGUUAUUUUAACUUUGUCGUUUUAUUUUAACUUGGACUAACUGCAAAGUACGUGUAUUUCAUCAAGAGAUAUUUCCGAAAUUGUUCCUACAUACAUAUUGUAUGUUGUUUUUUGUCAUUUGUGUUUGUUUACAACAUCUCCUCUGUUCAUGUAAGUUAAUUUGCAAAAAGCUAAAUUAUUAUUUUUUAAUCUGUAGCCAGCAGAAUGAGUUUCAAAGUGGUACAGUGUCAUUUACCACUACUGUGUUUUUUUGUUUGUUUGUUCCUUAAUUUGAUAUGGUAGGAUCAGAGAAGGAAUUUCAUGUUUAUUUACACACUCCUACCCCAGUGUGGAUGAGGAGAUGAUUUAAGUACAUAUGGUACUGUUGAAGCAUAGUGCAGUAUGCAUUGUGCUUCUCGUAUAAAAAUGCAUAUCUAUGUAUAUUGCUGCAAUAACAAUAUGAAGGCUGUUGUCCUUGCAUAGUUCUAAAUGAUGUCAUACUAAGUCAUGUGACUAUUUUUUAUUUAUCCGCAUAAAGGGCUUUCUUGUGCGUUUCAGCCCAGUGAUUUGUUGCCAUGAACUCAAUUUCCUCAGUCCUUUAAAGCCUUCAAUGAAUGUAAAAUCUGGUUAGAGUUUUGAAUGCAGGAUUUUUAUAAAGGUUUGCUGUAGCAGAUUGUUGCUUUUUUCGUGUAAAGUAAGACAAAUAUUUUUAUUUUCUACAAAGAUGGAUUGACUGGCAAACCUAAAUUAAAAUAACUGCUUUGA